AUGGCGGUGGGCCCAUCGCUCAGAACACUACCUAUGGUGGUCGGCCGAUGGCUGUAUAAUAGCCCCAGUGGCGGUGGGCCCAUCACCCAGAAAUAUACCUAUGGCGGUGGGCCCAUCGCUCAGAACACUACCUAUGGCGGUGGGCCCAUCGCUCAGAACACUACCUAUGGCGGUGGGCCCAUCGCUCAGAACACUACCUAUGGCGGUCAGCCGAUGGCUGUAUAA